CGUUUGUGUCUUGCUUCCAUUCUAUGGUUACUAAUUGUUUAUGUUAUAAAUAACGCUCUAUUUAAUCUUACUAAAGGCGAAGUAAAAGUAAUUAUUUACUUACUACAAUUCAAAUACAGAUAACAAAACCAAACUGAAUUGAACUUGAAAUACCUGAACUUUAAAGGUUAUGUUGUGUUUAUGAGUAAUCUUCCUUGUGCGUGACAAUGACAGUUUGAAAGUUCAUCCCAAAUCAAAAUAAACAGUUUAUUUUUAAUCAGAGUCACAGUUCAGAAUGAAACUGAAGCUUUUCUAACGGUCACAAAUUAAAAAUCUACUCAUAUUCAACAAUGGAAGAUAACCACGAAGAAGUGUUGGAGAUCUUUUGUCAAGACGGUGUGCAAAUUUUAACAGCACCAGCUGCAUAUAUCAGUCAACUAAACAACGUUGGAACCUUAAUGAUCGUCGAGUAUCCGAAUUCGAACGUAACAAGGUGCAUCGAAUGGAAACCGAUCGAUCUUACAAUUGACUCUGACGUACAAGAUCAAGAGUGGACAGUCGUAAGUACCGUCAGACGUAGACGUACCUACAGCGGGAGCUUACCCGUCGACGCUAACCGAUCGAAACAUCUCAAGAUUAAUAUGAGCGAUAUUAAAAGUUUUCGUGUCGCACGUAAAAAUCAAAAGUUGACUUUUAGAGAUGGCAAGGGAGAUGAUCUGUGCACGUUUGUGUUUCAACACGGCAGUUGCGAGGGACUCGUCGCCGUUCUUAAGGGUAUACUCAAGACUUUUGUCUCCAGACGCGACAAGCACGUCUACUGCAUACUCGACGAUGAGAGAAAUCCCGAGAGACAACAACUAGACAAAUCGUUUGCCGAACUGAACUUAUUCCAAGAGCAGUCCUCGCCUUACGUCUGGAAGCUGGUUAAGAAUUUUCAAAAUCGUCCGUACGAGACGACCAUGGAGGCCUUCUCUAAGAUAACCGACAUUGUUUAUCGAGGCGCCGAGCAUAGACUGAUGGAUCCGGAAGUGCACAAUAUAUUGCAUCGAAGCUUGGAGGCUAUCGAAAAUAACACCACCACCCACAGUCACGAAGAGUACGAGGUUAUAGCUCACGUGCCCAAGUUACCCGCGCUAAAGGAGUAUCCUCGUGGUCGUCCUUUGUCACUCGAGCAGUGGAAGGCGCUACAGGAUAGUGAAGGGCAGGUGGAAGAUGUUGAUGCUGUGAAAUUAGUUAUAUUUAGAGGUGGAAUUGCGAGCAAUGUACGAAAAGAGGUAUGGAAGUACCUACUCGACUAUCACAGGUGGAAGUACACCCAUUCGGAGCAAGCGAACUUGAUAAAGCAACGUAACGAAGAGUACUUCAUCAUGAAGCUUCAGUGGCGCAGCAUGACCAAGAUACAGGAGGACAACUUUACGGAUUACCGCGAACGCAAGAGUCUAAUAGAGAAAGACGUGAAUCGCACGGAUCGCACCUUAGACUAUUUCGCCGGCGAUAACAAUCCCAACUUACAAGUGUUAUACGAUAUCCUGAUGACGUACGCGAUGUAUAACUUUGAUUUAGGUUACGUGCAAGGGAUGAGCGAUUUGCUUUCGCCGAUACUGUACUUGAUGAACAACGAGGUGGAGGCGUUCUGGUGCUUUGUCGGUUUCAUGAACAAAGUCAGCUCCAAUUUCGACAUGGAUCAGGCCGGAAUGAAAGAGCAGCUGCAACAUUUAAACACCCUCACCGCGUUCUACGAUCCCGAGUUUGCGAAUUACCUUUACAAGCACGAUUCGGCCAACAUGUUCUUCUGCUUCCGCUGGCUACUUGUGUGGUUUAAACGCGAGCUUUCCCAACAGGACGCGAUGCGCCUGUGGGAGGUGCUAUGGACCGAUCUGCCUUGUCAAAAUUUUCACUUAUUAAUCUGCGUUGCAAUUUUAGAUACCGAGAAACACAUUUUGAUGGAAAACAAUUACGGAUUUACUGAGAUAUUGAAACACAUAAACGAUUUAUCCGGCAAUAUCGACGUCUCCGCGGUGAUCGGCAAGGCGGAGGGCAUGUACAAUCAAAUCGUCGACGCCGAACAUCUGACGGACGCAGUGCGAAUAAUCAUCGGUCUUCCGAUUUUGGGCAACGCGUCCGUCAUCGACAGCAAAGAGGCCUCGCCCGAUAUAAGCGAUUUAACGCUCAACGGCGAUACGGAUGAAGUUAGCUACGAAAACGCGCUAACAAAUUCGUUUCUCUAAUUGACGCCUCAUUUGAGAUUUGCACUAGUUUAAACAUCCCCCCGGAAGAUGGCACGAUAGAACUACAGGUUGGCAGCCUUGCAUUAUUAUACAGGGUUUCAGUGCAUAGACUUCACCUGAAGUUGUUGUACUAAACCAUUAAAUGUUUUAUACAUAUUUAUUAAACAUUUAUAUAUUUUAUUAUUAACAUUUUUAAUUUUUAUCGCACUAUAAUAUAAGCAGGGAUUGUUUAUGUAUCGUUAACUCCACCAAAAACUCCAAUAAUGACAAAAUAAAUUAUUUAUUUUCCUAA